GAAUUCAAAUUGUUUUAAUCAUUCUCAGGCAACGGUGAAAUUUAUCACGAAUCUUAAAUUUUGUCUACAAUUUAAUAAAUUUGUUACUUAAUCAGUACUUUAAAAUGGAUUAUGAUUGGGAUUCGGUUCAAGUUGGUCGUCCGGAGUUGAAUAGUUCUCAAAACUUCUUUCGAGUCCGUCACGUCUUACAUGAAAAGGGAGUACUCAAUUCGAAUGAUGCUCAUUUGGAAGAGCAAAAGAAUAAAGAAUCAAAUAUUCCAGAAAAGAAACCUGAAAAGUCAACGACAGUUACCAACAUCGUUGAUACAAAAAUAUGCAAGGCAGAAAAAGAAAAUGUUUCAUCUAUCAACUACAACAAUCGAGCAAUUUUGGCGGUGUCAAUUAUUAAAAAACCAAUGGACACCAAUGUUAAAAAUACAACAUUGUUAAAUAAUCUCAAGAAAUUAACUUUGAGUCAGAAAUCAGGAGUUCCAGUCGAACAAGGAAAGCAAAGGAAAACAGCAAAAUCUGCAUCUAUUAAGUGCAACAAUAAUGACCGAUUAAAAGCAGGAAAGUUUAUUGAACCUCUUAGAGCUCCAGUUAUUAAAAAACCUAUUAUUGGGCAACGUCAAUUUGAAUAUGCGGAGGUUCAGAAAAAACGCAAAGAACUCCUCGUUCAGAAAAUAAAAGAGCAAGAAGCAAAAGAGCUGAAAUUUCAAUUUCAUGCGAAUCCAGCACCAAACUUGAAAAAGAAAGUCCCUAAUUUAGUAUCGAUAAAGCAAAAAUCUGUAGAAGAAAAACCAAACAAACAGAAAACUCUUGUGAAACAAAAGUCUCUACCUUGUGAGGAAGUGUCUAAAAAAAUAUCGAAGGAGAAUAACGUACCAAGUUGCGGUGAUCCUGAACGUUUGAAAUUAUUGAACGAGAAGAAGAAAAUGCUUGUUGCUAAAUAUCAAGAGAAACCCAUUCAAUUUAAAGCAAAGCCAGCUUUGGUAUUGAAGAAACAACCUUUCCAACCAAUUCAUAACAACAACAAGAUUGUCGAUCCAAAACCCUUUAAUUUGCAUCUAACCGAUCGCUUAAUUAUGCGUUCUGAAUUCGAUCGUAAACUUCAUGAAACAAUUGCUAUUCGAAAGAAACAAGAGGAAAUACGUGUUAGACAACAAACACUUGAAGAACGCAAAUUGAUCCGACAAAAGACAGAAUUCAAAGCAAGAAUUAAUCCAUUCCGUAACCGUCAUUAAACUUUAACUACAUUCACAACAAUCACAGCUAGAACGUUUAUACAAACCAAAGUUGUGAUUUUAAGCUUCUUUUUAUCUUAAUAUUAUCAGCAUAAACUAACCAUUAACAUUCUGAUUAACAUACAUUUCAUUAAAUCUGUUUUGAAAGUGUGUAGUCAUAUUUUUCAGCUACAAUGGUAAACUAACUAAACUUUUUUUUAUAUAUUUUUAUAACAGUUAUUAUGAUUUUGAAAAAAGUUAUUAACCCCUGCUAAGAAUAAAGGUUGACAAGGGAGUCAAACUCGGUCAUUUUUUGUGAAAAUUCUUUGAAUUACGAAAAAAAUUUUGAUAAAGAAAAAAUAUAUUUGUUUCAAGCAACGAAAAAGUAUUCAUCAAUUGAUAUACUCUCAACUCAGUUUACAGAUCAUAAAUCAUAUAUUUGUUAGUUUGAAAAAGGAAAUAUAAAAAAAUGACAUCACAAUACGGUUGGAAUACCAAUUCAACAUGGGGAAGCAACAGCAAGGAAAAUGAGUCGUUUAACUUUCCUUCAAUGCCUAAUUUCUCAUUUAAUCAAGGAACAAUUCGAGCAAAAUUCGUACAGAAAGUCUUUUCUAUUGUUUCUGUUCAACUUGCUAUAACACUUGGAUUCAUUGCACUUUUUACAUUCCAUCAAGGAGCUGUCAAAUAUGCUUUCGCAAACCCAUGGAUGCUCAACGUUUCAAUGAUAUCUACUUUAAUAUUGACGCUUGUUAUGAGCUUCUCAGUUUCUGCUAGACGAACAGCUCCACUCAAUCUUAUUAUCCUUGGCGCUUAUACAAUUUGUCAAGGAUUUCUAGUUGGAAUCAUGUCCAGUUUUUAUCAAGUUGAAGAAGUUUUGUAUGCUGUUGCAGUAACUUGCGCAAUUGUUUUUGGUUUGACAAUUUACGCCACAACCACUGACAAGGAUUUUACCAUGAAAGGGGGAAUGAUGUUAUCUGUUAUUAUGGCUCUAUCUAUUGGAAGUUUGGUCAGCAUUUUCUAUCGUGGGGAAUUCUUCAACUUCAUACUGGCAGUUGGGGGUGCAGCAGCAUUUUCAAUGUACAUCAUCUAUGACUUACAAAUGAUAAUGGGCGAUAGGAAAUUAAACAUCUCACCUGAAGAAUAUAUUUUUGCUGCUUUAAAUCUCUAUGUAGACAUUAUUCGUAUCUUUAUGGAAAUUCUCAAAAUUCUACGUUAUUUGAAUGAACAAUCGCAAAAUCAGGAACGGAAGAAGAAGAGAAAUUAAUUUUUUUAUUUUAUUCUUUCUUUGGAGGAUCUUUGUUAUUUUCUCAUGAAAGGCAAGUAAUCUGUCUGUACUUUCAAUAUUCAAAUAUGUAUAUUUUUGUGGUGAUGUAAAUCUGGAAGAAUCAAUAAAAUUUAUUUCAUUGUGAAAAAACUUUGAAGAGGUUUUUAAAAAUUAAAACAUUAAUUAUCUACCUACAUUGUUUUGUCACUUCAGACUUAAAAACUUUAUCCG